UACCUGGGUCCAACAUCUACAGGUAAGGCACCCUUCUUGGCUCAAACCGACAACAUAGGUGCAAUUGCAACUGGUGUGCCAACAAAGCAUUACAAUUAUCCAAACCCAAUUGAAACUUCAGUACAAAGUUUUGAUCAUAAAGAUGAUGAUCAAAACAUUUUCCAAAUGAUGGGUACCCUAUCACCAUAUUUUGUCUCUGAGGAUGGGUGGGGAGUUUAUAACUAUGCAUUGCCUGGUCAGUGCUCUAUUAAACAAUUACAUUUUGUUCAAAGACAUGGUUCAAGAGCUCCUGAUUCUCCAUUCAAAUUCCCUGAAAGGCUAAGAUAUGCAAAGGGGAAUGGAACUUUUAAUGCUCAUGGUGAUUUAGAGUUUUUGAAUAAAUGGGAAUAUAAAGAAGGUGUAAACAUCUUGACCACAUUGGGUAAUAAUCAAUUGUUUAAUAAUGGUGUUAAAUCAUUCUUCCGUUAUGGUGAAUUGUUUGAUUGGGAGAAUUUUGACAAGAUUGUAACAAGGUCUACAACAGAGGAAAGAAUGACAAUGACUGCUGAAUAUUUCUUGACUGGGUUUUUCGGAUUGGAUUGGCAGAAGUAUGCUGAUUUAGAAUUAUUGAUUGAAGAAGCUGGGUUUAAUAAUAGUUUAGCAGCUUGGGAUAUGUGUGAGAAUAAUGGUCAUACUUAUGGGAAAAUUGGAUAUGAACAAAUAGCCAAUUUUACAGCUAAAUAUUUAUCAGAUGCUGUGCAACGUUUCAAUACUAAUGUUCAAGGGUUCAAUUUCACAACUAGUGAUUUAUAUGAGUUGCAAAAGAUUUGUGCAUAUGAAACAAAUAAUAUUGGAUUUUCCAAGUUUUGUGGGUUGUUUUCUCAAAAAGAAUGGGAAAAUUAUGGAUAUUAUCAAUCUGUUUCAAACUAUGUCAGUUCAUCAUUUGGGAACCCACAAGGCCGUGCAUUGGGAGCUGGUUGGGUUGAAGAAUUUACAGAUAGAUUAACAAAUCAAACUUAUAAUGCAUCUACCCAAGCUGAACAAAACUCAACUUUGGAUUCUGAUCCAAUUUUUUUCCCAUUGGAUCAAUCAAUUUAUAUGGAUUUCACUCAUGAUUCACAAAUUGUUGGUAUACUUACAGCUUUAGGAUUUGAACAAUUCAAGACUAAUUGGACUUUCAAAGGUCCUGAGCAAGAUACACAUCUUUUCGAUAUCUCCAAAAUCACUCCAUUUGCUGCACAGUUGGCUUUUGAAGUUAUAGAAUGUGAUUCUAAAGUUCCAGUGGAUAGAAGUGCUGAAUCUGAGGAAGGUUCAUCUUCAACUAAAUAUGUCCAUGCUAUCUUAAAUGACAACACUUUAUCCUUAAGUGCCAAUAUCCCUGAAUAUUGUGAAAGUCGAGUUGAUGGGUGGUGUGAGUUUGAUAAGUUUGUGGAAUAUUUAGAAACACUUUACGGUACUGCUAAUUAUGACUUUGCUUGUACUGGUGAUUAC